ACUCACAGAUAUCUAUGCAAUGUAUAAGACGUCGACGAGUCGACACAUGUGGAUUCGUUUCUCAUGCAUGCUCAACUGUACUACUGAAAUUCUACGUCAUAUUUAAUGCACAUCAAGUCACGAGAACAGUGAUAGUUGACGUCUAUAUUUCCUCCAACUCUGACCGUAGUUGAACUCCGGGCAUAUUACAGCCGAAACUGCAGUUCUUUUGGACUUAGCCCACGUAUUUUCUUUAGAGUUUCGUCAUCAACAACACUCAACAGUCAGGCAACAUGCCGAUGAAUAAAGGCCGCGCGUAUGGCUAUUCAGCUGAGUUGGAGAGAAAGGCCAGGGCUACCUUUGCGGAGAACCUGGACAAGGAGUUGGAAUGCAGAGCAUGGAUAGAAGCCAUCGUGGGCGACGAACUGGAACCGGUGGAAAGCGGCUGGGAUAACUUCUCUGCUGCCCUGAAGAAUGGCAUCGUUCUGUGCAAGUUGAUGAACAUACUGCAGCCACGGAGCAUCAAGAAGAUCAACGAAACUAACACCAUGGCGUUCAAAAUGAUGGAGAACAUUGGUAAUUUCUUGACAGCAUGUGAGACGUAUGGCGUACCCACCCGAGAUCUCUUUCAAACUGUUGACUUGUUCGAGGGACGUAAUAUGAACAGUGUGCUGACAGGGUUAGAAGCUAUUGGACGAAGGGCUCAGGUCCAGGGUUUUCAGGGGCCGAGCUUCGGCGCCAAGCCGUCGACGGAAAACAAACGGGAGUUCUCCGAGGAGACGCUUAAAGCCGGCCAGAGUGUCAUUGGUUUACAGAUGGGUACCAACCAGGGCGCCAACCAAUCAGGAAUGUCCUACGGCACCAGGAGACAGGUCUAUGAUCCCAGUGUCGCAAAGUGAAGGCGAGGUUACGGUUUGAAUUUUAAUUUUUUUUUAUACUGAAAGUGUACUGCUUGUCUGUUGUUUUUAGAUCUGUGUGGCUUGGACUGGAAUGCAGGGUUGUUGUCACAAGUCAGUCAUGAGUUGAUUACAAGCCAAUCACAAAGUGAUCAUAAGUCAAUCACAAGUCGAUCACAAAUUGAUCAGAAGUCAGUCACAAGUUGAUCAAGGUUGAUCUCAAGUCGGGUUACAAUAUAAAGUCAAUCUUAUGUCAUAGCACAAGUCAAUCGCAAAUCAAUCACAAGACGAUCACAAGUCAAUCACAUGUUGAUCACAAGUUGAUUGCUAGUCGGGUUACAAUAAGUCAGUCUUAUAUCAUAUCACAAUUCACUCUCAAAUCAGUCACAAGGCGAAUGAUAGUUUCAAGUUUCAAGGGAUGAACAAGGACAAAGGACAUGUGAAAAGCUUGUCACUGGACAUGAGUUUAGAUGACGUGAUUGACAUACGAUUGACAAGUGAAUGACAUGUGAUUGACAUGUGAAUGGCAUGUGAUUGACUUGUG